AUUAAGGGAAAAGGAAAACUCUCCUUCAAAUACCCAAAAAAAAAAAUUAUUCAAUGGUGGUUCCCACACCCCCAUUAUUUCCUUGGGGUUUCCGUCUCUCUUUACAAUAUUAAUUACCGCUUUAGCAAAGUCCACAAAGUUUAUCUGCUCUUUUCUUCAUCUUCAACCCUUGGCUUUCUUCUUCUUCUUCUUCGCCCUUAUGCAACUGUGCUUGUAGUGAUCGGCCUGCCAUGGAUUUGGACUUUGAGAAACCAGGCAAGAGAGCAAGAUACGAGAUGGGAGGAGGGGAAGGUCCUCGAACAAGCUUCAUGGAGAGACUCCCCCGGGACAUCAUCCUGGACAUACUCUCAAGGCUGCCUGUAACCUCUCUGGUGCAGUUCAGGUUUGUAUGCCGGGGCUGGCGCUUGAUGGCACAGGACUCUCUUCUUGCUAGCAAGCACCUCUGCCGCACCGCUCAGUACAAUCCAUGCCUGAUCCUCCACUGUGAUUACCCCAUCAGAAACCAGAUUUCUUUUGUAGAUAUUUCUGCAGAAAGCAGGGACAAGGACAUGGUGAGAAAACUCACUAUCCCUUUCUGGGCUUCCAUGCCUGAGUUUGAAGUGGUUGGAUCAUGUAAUGGCCUGCUAUGUUUGGCCGACUCGUUAUUCAAGGAUGCUGUAUAUGUACACAACCCCUUUACCAGGGACUUCAAACAGCUCCCCAAAUCCCUGCAGUAUCCGGAUCAAGAGGUGGUUUUUGGAUUCGGAUACCACCCCAUGACUGAGGUGUACAAGGUGGUUAAGGUAGUGUAUUACAGGAAUGGAUAUGGGGGAUUCUCUAGAUUUCGUCGAAUUACUUGCUCACAAUCAGAGGUUCAAGUUCUGACUCUAGGCAGCCCCACAUGGAGAAGUUUAGGAAAGGUAUCUUACCAGCUUGAUCGCUGGCCAUCAGAGGCCUUGGUGAAUGGAAGGCUUCAUUGGGUGACUAGGCCUAGAAGAUAUGUUACCCGAUUCAUCGUCUCCUUCGACCUUGCAGAUGAGCAAUUCAGAGAGAUCCCAAAGCCUGACUGUGGAGGAUUAAGCAGGUGUAAUUAUCAUCUACUGGUUCUAGGAGGCUGCCUAUCUGCAGCUGUUCAUCGCAGUAAUGGGAAAUUGGAAGUUUGGGUUAUGAAGGAGUAUGAUGUUAAGGAAUCCUGGAUCAAGGAAUUCAACAUUGGAGCUCACUUGCCAAAGGGAUUGAAGCAAGAUGUAAAUCGACCACACAGGAUUUGGAGAAAUGCUCCGAAAGGAAGAGGAGUUCGACUACUAUGCCUACUGAAGAAUGGUGAGAUUUUGCUAGAGUAUAAAGGAAGAGUUUUGGUUUCUUACAAUCCAGAGCGCGGAAAAUUCAAGGAUCUUACACUUAAGGGAUUACCAAAUUGGUUUCAGACAUUCGUUCAUGUGGGAAGCCUCAGUUGGAUAGACAGCAACACCGAGAGUUAAAAGGGGAAGAACUGAUUGUGAAAAUGGGGCUAUUAAGCGGCAAAUAUGUUAGGAACAUGGAUUAAUUCCCGAAUUGUGGAUUACUCUUAAGGCUGAUCGACUGUCAAACUAUGAAAGGAAUACUCCUGACUUAUGAUCCCCUUUUUUCUUACCACCAUGAUUAAAGCAGCCUGUUGGAUAUACUCCUGAUAUCAGCCACCUCAGAAGGGGGCCCUAAAUACCCUAAUGUUGUGGACUACAUUGAGGAUUGCCUGUAUCUUCUAAAAGGACUCCAAAAUUGCUUUUUAUCAUCGUCUCACAUAUGGGUUUUGCAUAGCUUUCAUCACUUGACUAGGCAAACUCCUUUGAGGUCCACAGUUCAUUGAUCAUAUGGUACACUAAUGACCUCGGUCACCGAUGAAUUCUACAAAUCUUCGGUUAAACAGGUUCAUCUCAUCAUCAUCUUCAUGGAACCUUUGUAACCAAAAUUUGAUGAUGAUCUUAUCUUAGGCAAUCCCCUUUUCUUGGUGCUGUAUGAAGAAGAAACUUUUGGUUUUUUC